CAACCAGACUCUCGGAGCUGAGCGGGGCUUUUCCCUCCGCGGAGGGGGCCCCGCCCCACCCUCUUGCCCAGCGAUUGGCGAGUCGGCAGCUGGAGGGGCGGAGACUAGAGGAGUCACCGCCAUCUGCUCCAAUGGAAACGAGACAGAGGCGGGCCCAGUGGCGGAAGGAGCAUGGCGUGGAGACAACUCAAAAAGCGGGCCCAGGAUGCCAUGGUGAUCCUGGGGGGCGGAGGACUUCUCUUCGCCUCCUACCUGACGGCCACGGGGGAUGAAUGUUUCUACGCGGACCACUUGAUGCCGGCUCUGCAGGGGCUGCUGAACCCCGAGGCAGCCCACAGGCUGGCUGUUCACGUCACCUCCCUGGGCCUCCUUCCUCGUGCCACGUUUCAAGACUCUGACAUGCUGGAAGUGAGAGUCCUGGGCCAUAAAUUCCGAAAUCCAGUAGGAAUCGCUGCAGGAUUUGACAAGCACGGGGAAGCUGUGGAUGGACUUUACAAGAUGGGCUUUGGUUUUGUUGAGAUAGGCAGUGUUACACCAAAACCUCAGGAAGGAAACCCCAGACCCAGGGUCUUCCGCCUCCCUGAGGACCAAGCCGUCAUUAACAGAUACGGAUUCAACAGUCAUGGACUCUCAGUGGUGGAACACAGGUUACGGGCCAGACAGCAGACGCAGGCCAGGCUCACAGAAGAUGGGCUGCCACUGGGAAUAAACCUGGGGAAGAAUAAGACCUCGAUGGACGCUGCCUCGGACUACGCAGAGGGGGUUCGAGUCCUGGGCCCCUUGGCUGACUACCUGGUAGUGAAUGUGUCCAGUCCCAACACAGCUGGGCUGAGGAGCCUUCAGGGAAAGGCCGAGCUGCGCCGCCUGCUGACCAAGGUGCUGCAGGAGAGGGAUGCCCUGAAGGUAGUGCACAAGCCAGCCAUGCUGGUGAAGAUCGCUCCUGACCUCACGGCCCAGGACAAGGAGGAUAUUGCCAGUGUGGUGAGAGAGUUGGGCAUCGAUGGACUGAUUGUCACGAACACCACAGUGAGUCGCCCUGCCAGCCUCCAGGGGGCCCUGCGCUCUGAAAUGGGAGGGCUGAGCGGGAAGCCCCUCCGAGAUUUAUCAACGCAAACCAUCAGGGAGAUGUAUGCACUCACCCAAGGCAGAGUUCCCAUCAUCGGGGUUGGCGGUGUCAGCAGCGGGCAGGACGCGCUGGAGAAGAUCCGGGCGGGGGCCUCCCUGGUGCAGCUGUACACAGCCCUCACCUACCGGGGGCCGCCCCUGGUGGGCAGAGUCAAGCGGGAGCUGGAGGCCCUUUUGAAGGAGCAGGGUUUUACCAGAGUCACAGAUGCCAUUGGAGCAGAUCAUCGGAGGCGAGGAUGGGUCGGUGGGAAGCCUGAUCUGGAACCGUCCCGCUAAGUCAAGCGAGCCUUUGUGGCUGACGGAGAGAGGAGACCACAUCCCCAAACCACAGGGGCCCCUCCACCGGCUGGGCUGUGAAAGCCAAGCAUGAGGGUCACCAGAAGCAAUGCAAGGCUUUGUUCAACCACUUGUUGGACAGGAACUGCAUCCAUGAUUCUUUCUAGAUUCAAAUCCCAGGAUCCUUUAAUAUUACAUGGACAUUAGACAUUUGGAGGGGAAAUCACGGUAAAAUAAAGUCAUUUAAAAACUGGA